AGAAGGCGGAGCUAAGUCAGAAGGGGUGGAGGAAGGAGGGUAGAGAGAGCGAGAGAGAGAGGAAGGGGGUGAGGAGGGGAGCGGAGGUAAGAGGAGGAGAAGUGUGGUUGGUCCAUGACAUGAAUGAACCAUGUUCGGUAACGGAGGCUUAGCUCUCCCGGUGUGCUCGUUUCUCCUACUACACGUCCCGGUUCUCCCGCUAACGAACAACUGGCCCGUUAAGGACAGAAGUGAAGGGAGGUUGGAGCAGCGUACCACCCAUCUACAAUCACACAGCUUUGGGGGUCAGAAUGUCAAACAGACAAGCAACAAGGAGGUGUUUCAGUGGUGGGGAGAGUGGUCCAGUUGGUCCUCUUGUUCCAGGAGUUGUGGAGGAGGAGUGAGAAGUCAGGAGAGGCACUGUCUGAUACAGAGGCUGUCCACAACCCAGAACGUAAACAGUUCAUAUUGUGUUGGCUCUCCUAAACAGUAUCAGCUCUGUCCAAACCAGCCCUGUCCCAGCACCACUGUGAGCUUCAAACAGCACCAGUGUUCCCAAUUCAAUUCUAAAGCCUUUGGAAGAAGAUACUACCAGUGGAUACCUCUUUACCCUGCCGAUUACAUCAGCAUCUCCAGUAAGCCAUGUGACCUGCAGUGUACAACCAUCAGUGGUGAGAGACAGCUGCUAGUUCCCGCCCACGAUGGUACGUUCUGCCACGAUGCCAAAUACCAUGGAGUCUGCAUAGAGGGAAUAUGUCAGCCUGUAGGUUGUGAUGGGGAGCUGUAUGGCAGUAAGACAGUAGACAGAUGUGGGCUAUGUGGAGGCAACGGGACGUCCUGCCAGCGCAUCUCUGGAUCAUACAGGAAGGCACUCACACAGUUAGGCUAUGUGUUUGUCACCAACAUCCCAGCUGGAGCUUCAGACAUUCAGAUCAUAGAAAGACACAAGACUGAGAACAUCCUGGCCCUCUCAGAUGAAGCUGGUCAUUUCUUCUUCAACGGAAACACUGUGUUUGACAAUCCUCAAAACUUCCAUGUGGCAGGAACAGUGAUUAAAUACCGCCGUCCAAGCAAUGUCUUCUCUGAUGGGCUGGAGUAUAUCAUUGCCCAAGGACCAACACUUCAGGGCCUGAAUGCUAUGUACUACAACCUGAAUGGGAAGCUUCCCCACAUCACUUACGAAUACACGAUCCCCCGCACACCUCAUGACCUCACUGCCGCUGAAGACAUCACAGCAGGCCCCGCCUGCUCCCAUCUUAACCUGACCUAUAACGAGGUCAACGAGGACGUCGGAGUUGAUCAACUUAGAGCGACCAAUGGGAGUGUGACAUCUGUCCAUCACUACAACAGCCAGCUGGGAGCUGAUGACCAAUCACAUGUCCAGCUGCAGGAAGAAGAGGAGGAGGAAGUACUUUGGGCAAUCAGGACACCCAGCCCCCCGCCGCCGGCUGCCAUGUUGGUCUACAGACCGGCAGGUGUUACCGGUCAUGUAUUCAGCCAUAAUGAUGUCGAGCGAGGACCUCCAGUGCCUGCAGGCUACCGAAGUUCCUCCAACUCGAUUGACGAGCCCCCCACUGCUGAUGACAACACUUUAGUGCACCCUCUCCUUGGUAGUCAGAGUGUUCAUUCUGCAGCCCUGCCAGAAGAUGCCCCCUAUCUGCUACUGGAGGACUUGCACUACAACCACACACACUCCCUAACACACUCAAACACACACUCUGUGGAGAGCACACUUACUGAUCCACACUCACCAGCAGAAAAACACAUGUCUGACACAGACAAAGGGACGCACACAGUUACUGACACACACUCUGUUACACACACAGAAACAGAAACUGGCCCACACUCAGACACACACACUGCCAUCUCGGUACAGCUGCAACACGUGCCUGCAGUCCAUGCAGCCAAUACAGAGAGUAAUGACUUUGACGUGGGUUUGGAGCCAGAUAUUAGUCUGGCAGACAUGUAUCGCUGGAAGGUUUCUGCUUAUGCUCCCUGCAGCUCCACCUGUACAACAGGUAUCACCACUAGCUACGCCCUUUGUGUCCGAUACGACGGUACUGAGGUCGAUGACAGUUACUGUGACUCUCUGACCAGACCUGAGCCCACACAUGAGUUCUGCACUGGGAAGGAAUGUCCUCCAAGAUGGGAGACCAGUGGUUGGAGUGAGUGCUCUCGAACCUGUGCUGAGGGUGUUCAAUAUCGUACUGUGCGCUGCUGGAAGAUGCUGUCGCCCGGUCUCGACUCCUCUGUCUACGAUUCACUUUGUCUGUCACAUGAUCUUCACAAACCAGCUAAUAGAAAGGUCUGCCUUGGCCAGAGCUGUGGACCCCAGUGGGAGGUGUCUGAGUGGUCCGAGUGCUCGGCCCGUUGUGGCUCUCGGGGUGUCCGCACUCGGGAGGUCCGUUGUUCCAUGGAAAUGAGACUCUGUAACAAGUCUUCUCAGCCAAUAGAAAGUCAGGAUUGUGAAGGCCCGCCCUGUGACAGAAGAUGGACAGUUUCUGACUGGGGACCCUGCUCCGGUGUGUGUGGAGAGGGAAGGAUGGUCCGUGCAGUGACCUGUCGAUCAUCAGGUGGGCUAGUGAUGUCAGAGGAGCAAUGUGACCAGGCGCUGCGCCCGCUGGCCAUCUAUCCCUGUGGUGACAGAGAUUGCGCCCCCCACUGGGUGGAACAGGAAUGGCAGCAGUGUAAUGCUACAUGCGGGCGCGGCGUGCGUCACCGCAAGGUGGUGUGUGUUGGACUGGAAGGUGGUGUGUUCAAAGAGUUUCCAGACAGCAGUUGUGACAACACCAACAAACCAGAGACCAGCUCUUCCUGCUUUCAGAGACCCUGCUCCAAAUGGUUUACCACAUCCUGGUCUCAGUGCAGUAAGACCUGUGGGAGGGGCGUCCAGGUUCGGGAAGUGAAGUGUUACCAAGGGGAGGAGCUGGUAACCAGGGGCCACAGCUGCAACUCUGCCCACAGGCCAGAAGCCCGACAGAGCUGUGAAGUCCAGAGCUGUCCGACAGAAGCACCAGCAGCGGCCCCAGCAGCGUCAGUAGUAGUAGAAGACUCCUGCCAAGACAAACCAACAGCCAACUGUGCCCUGGUCCUAAAGGUGAAACUGUGUUCCCACUGGUACUACAGAAAGGCCUGCUGCCAGUCCUGUAAGGCACCAAGACCCUGAAGUCAUUACUGUAACCUCUCACCUCAACCCCUGGUACCAAAGGUCACAUUACAUUCGUAUUGGUGCUACACAAAAGCCUGCUGCUAGCAAUGUAAGGCCUUACUACAUUCAUUGUAACCUUGUAACUCUUCCUCCUAUCACUGAUGUCAAAGGUCAACCUGUGGUCACUGGCUUUACCUUCUACCUGUCAAUGUUAUACCUAUACCUUAUCACUAGUAAAGAUAACGGUAAAAGCCCAUCCACCCCUGUGUCCAUCACUGCAUGUAACUCCAAUUCUAUUUUCAAAGUGGUGCCACCUAUAGUAAAUGUCUGUAAUCUAUCCAUUCCCUCACUUCUUAAAGGAACAGUACGGAUAUUUUUAAGUGGGUUUGUAUGAAGUACUCUUCCAUAGUCAGUGUAUUACCUAUAGUAGAUGGUAGUCAGCACACUCCCAGUUUGGAGAAACAGACAGGAGUACCAGCAUGGAGCAAAGCAGUGUACUUCUGUGGCCACCUAGCCUUGAGACAGCUAAACAAUACAUCUGUACAACGGGGACCUGAAGCCGGUAACUUUGCUAUUGCCCAAGCCUCCAGAUUCCACCAACCAGUCAUUGUAGAGUUUACAUUCAUGUCUAUCAUGUCAGAAUGCCAUCACAUUAACCUAUUUCCAUCCCAAGUUUGUGUGAAAUUGUCACAAGCAGCAUAUGAACUCUUGAGUUAUGGCCAUAAAUGUGUUUUGUGAGUUCACAGUGACCUGAGCAUCACAUUUGAAUCAGUUUAUCCAGGUUUCCAGGUGGACAGUUGUUCCAAAGUUGAAGAAAUUCCCUGCAGGCUGAGAAUAGGACAGACAACCCAAAAAUAUAACUCCAAAAAAAUCUGUGUCAUUAAUGUUCCUCUAAAGCGAGUUCAUCAAAAAGCACAUGAAAGCCUGUGCUGCUCUGUUGUUACUGUGGCAACAGAGAAGGGCAGACUGGACCAAGGACAAGAAGUCCUGCUUUACAUAUACGGCCCUGUAUUAUUACUCGUGCCAUGCUGAUAUGGACGCUCUUUUGUCAGCUACUUAAAAAUAUGCAGAUGUCUUCAUUUUGCCUACACCUCCUCACAGAGCUUCCUUUAGGAGACACACAAAUCCUCAUACAACUUCUCACAUCUGCAGUUGUACUGCCCAACACCUGGAAACACUUCAAUGUAGACACAUUUUGAUGCUGUGAAAAGUAACAUCUGCAGGUACAGUAACGUCUGAGCCAGCGGUUCUACUGCUGUACGCCUCUCAGGUGGGAGGGGGUCAAAGUUCAUCACUGGAGAAGCUGUCCUGAGAACAGAAGACAAGUACAAACAUGGCACAACCCCAAACAGCUGAGUGAAAACUGUUGAGGCCACUCUCAUCCAUCAGAUACUCUGCAUACAUGUAACUGUCAGAGUGUUGUUUACCUGUUCUACUGUAGUUGUUGUUGUUGUUGUUCUUGCUUACGGUAUUUCACAUAAAGAAUAAAAGGUCCACUGUUUUUGACACGC